UGUUAACAGUGUGGGGUCAUACGUGAGUGUAUGUUACAGCUGAAUUAUUAGGUUACCUAACUAAGCUACAGAUAUUUUUAUAUUUAUUGGCUGCUUGUACAGAUUUGUUAGCUCGCUGAUAAUAUACUUUUGUAUAUAACAUUGUUCUGCGCAAACCACAGCACCAUUGCUAAGUUAGCACUUAGCCUUAGCUAACGUUACUUUGAAAGUUAAAUUGAGUUUCUUGUCUUGUUCAUGGCUUUGUAGCUGAAUCUCCCGUUUAGACAUGAUGUCUGCCCGCAGGCUUAGAUUUCUAGUUUUUUCUGUUCAAAAGUGUUUAUCUCGACUCGCCGACAAAUGCAGAGGUUAUUGCUCAGUGUCUGUAUCUAGCACUUCUACUAAUGAGACUGAUGAGACGAGAGUGAGCACAUUUAAGACCAAGCUGUCGUCUGGUCCGACGUUUCACGACUUCAUUAAGAGUUCUUCAGGCAAAAGUUCAACUGAGACGCAACAGGAACAUGAGGAAUCGUAUCUUCCUGAAGAAAGUGGUCUGGCGCAGCUACGGAAAGUGUAUUUCGAAACAUACGGCUGUCAGAUGAACGUCAACGACACUGAAAUUGCGUGGUCCAUUCUUCAGAAGGGUGGAUAUGUUCGGACCCAUGAACUAUCAGAGGCAGAUGUGGUGCUUCUUGUCACAUGUUCCAUAAGGGAAAAGGCAGAGCAAACCAUCUGGAACAGACUCAAACAUCUAGCAGUUCUGAAAAAGAAGCGUCUAAAGAGCAGCACUCCAUUAAAGAUAGGAGUCCUGGGUUGCAUGGCAGAGAGACUAAAGACUGAGUUGCUGGAGAAGGAGAGGGUGGUGGAUGUUGUAGCAGGGCCAGAUGCCUACAGAGAUCUUCCCCGACUCCUUGCACUGGCCCAUGGGGGUCAGAGGACCAGCAAUGUCCUGCUCUCCCUGGAAGAGGCAUAUGCUGAUGUCAUGCCCAUUCACCAUUCAGGACACAGUGCCUUUGUGUCUAUCACGCGGGGCUGUGACAACAUGUGCAGCUACUGCAUUGUGCCGUUUACCUGGGGGAGGGAGAGGAGCAGACCUGUGUCCUCCAUACUUGAAGAAGUGCGCAUGCUGUCUGACCAGGGGGUGAAGGAAGUGACCCUGCUGGGUCAAAACGUGAACAGCUACAGAGACGUGUCUGGGGACGGGGCCAGCAACUCGGGGCUUGGUUCGCGCCUCAGCCGUGGUUUCAGCACCGUGUACCGUGAUAAGCAAGGUGGCCUACGAUUCGCUGACCUGCUACACCACGUCUCCCUCGUAAACCCUGACAUAAGGAUUCGCUUCACCUCGCCACAUCCUAAAGACUUUCCUGAUGAGGUGUUACAGCUACUCCAAGAGCGGAGGAACAUCUGUAAGCAGAUCCACUUGCCAGCUCAGAGCGGCAGCAGCAGAGUCUUACAGACCAUGAGGCGUGGGUAUACUAGGGAAGCCUACCUUGAGCUUGUGGAAAACAUUCGAAAGAUAAUACCAGGGGUCAGUCUGAGCAGUGACUUCAUCACAGGCUUCUGUGGGGAAACCGAGGAGGACCACCAGCAGUCCGUUUCUCUGAUCAGGGAAGUGGGCUAUAAUGUAGCCUUCCUGUUUGCCUACAGCAUGAGGAAGAAAACUCAGGCAUACCACCGUCUCGGGGACGAUAUCCCAGCUGAGGUGAAGAAGCGUCGCCUGGAGGAGCUUAUCUGUACAUUCCGAGAAGAGGCGACCAAGGUCAACACCAGGCUCAUCGGCAGCACACAGCUUGUCCUAGUGGAGGGAGAAAGUAAGAAGUCAUCUCAAGAUCUUUGUGGUCGGAAUGAUGGGAAUGUGAAGGUUAUUUUUCCAAGAAAGGAUUUGCUUUCUUAUCCCACGGAUACCAACCCUGUCACCGUUAAAGCUGGAGACUAUGUACUGGUGAAGAUUACCUCAGCCAACUCUCAGAGUCUGCAAGGCCACGCCUUCAGCCACGCCUCCCUGAGUGAUGGACACCCCAGACGCCUAUGAAUGCACAGGCAGCUGCAUAUUAGCCUGUAGGUUCCACCUUCUUAGUAUCAGGACUGGGUGGGAGUGUGUGUCUCAGACCUAUAGGUCUUCCCAGCUCCAGCUCUUGGAAGCCAGUAUGCUCAGUGAGGAGUUUUCACUGCCUCAGUCAUCCUGUCUCCUCAUUAUCAAGCUCCUUAUGAGGUGAAUCAGGCAUGGUGAGGCAGAAAACCCCUGAAAAUAUGCAGGGAAGUUUCCUCAGAACUUGAGCUCAGUGUUCCUGAAGUGCAGUUUGAAAUGAAAUAAGAUUUUUCAUUUUUUCAUUCAUUCAUUUAUUCAGAAUCAUGUAUGACAUUUUUUUAAUUUUUUAUGAUUGCAGCAAAUAAUGGAGGUGCAAGUGUAAUAAAUGAUGGAAAAGCAGAUUGCUUUCACACAGUAAUAUGUCCAAGCAGAUUGAUAUGUCCAAGCAGAUUGUUUUCAAUUUGUUCCACUCAAUUUGACAAAAGAACAGACUUUUAGCAGUUGAAAGUGAGCAGACAUCAGGUGAUGCUCAUUCAUGGCUUGAACUGAACAUCUGUCCCAAUGAGCACAUAGUCCUGGAAGAACAGUGUGUAUUUAUAGCAGAGGCUCAUAGAUACACAAAACAUUCAACACUUCAUGCAUCCAGGUUUGUUCAUAUGACGGAUAUAAACUUACCUUCAUAAUAACCAGUCGAGGUUUCACCAGACUGAUAUUUGCAAUGUUCGGCAGAGGAAAACCUCGCUGUAGGAUAACUGCCAUAAAAGGGAAUUCAGACAUUUAAAAUGACUUUCCAGUAACUUUAAACAUAAAACAUCAGAUCCUGUACUCACCAUUAACGUGGGGUAUCACAAUUUUCAACAUUAUCUGGAGGAAGGAGGCUAAUGGUUUCACCUGUUGAAAACAUAUUUAAUACAAUUACAAGAGUAACUGUUCCUCUUAUUCAGCUAACUUGUGAGAUUGUUGUCCUACCUUAAAUGGUCCGAUGUAACUUGUACCUAAGUCUAUAUUAAAUCUGUGGGAAGAAGGAGGACAUUAAAAUCAAAACGAUAUUUAAACAAACAUGAACAGCCUGCAUAUGUCUUAUUACAUAAAUGUAUAUAACCUUACUGUGUGACUUACUUAUUAAGACUCAGUUUUCCAGCCAGGUUUUUCCCUAUGACAUAAACGUGAGCGCUCAAACUGGCAUCCUAUGCACAGAAUACAGCAAAUAUUGUCUGAGGUGAAGUGAAGUAUAAUGUACUGAGAUUAAUGUGGUCAUUAAAGGUCAAACUCCCCAACCA